GGCGACGCCAAUCUCGUGAACAAAAGAAACAGUAGUGAAGCAACGUGCUUGGCCCAUUUUAACUACAGAACUGCCGGAGUAUGGUCAUUUAUAUUGUGUAAUUUGUUAGUAGUGUUAUAGUAUCCUUCCUCGUUUUAUUGUUGCAUAGAAAUAAUAAAAAUACUGUGUUUUUAUAAUCCACUUCUCUUUUUAUAUAAUUUCUAUACAAAUAGAAAAUAAAAUUAAUAAUAUCAAGUUCAAUCCCUUUGUACUGCCGAUACAAAUCACCGGAGCCUCAUGUUUCUCUGCUGGUAUUAUUUUUAAUGUUUUAUACUGCUAUAUGGAUUUAACCAUGGAUGUUCAAAAUGAGCUUCUUUUUCAAUUUUUGGACUUAAAUGAUUUGAGUGACAAUGAUAAGAAUCAUUUAAUAGGCAUUUUAAAAUCUAAUGUCACUGUUGAUACCUUGAAAUUGCCAUGGGACACGGUUGAAUCUAAUAACGAUAUUAAUGCUUCUAUAACAGAAAUUCCACAAGUUCAUAAUCAAUGGUAUCCAAAUGCAAUACCACCACCAUCGUACACACAACAAAUAAUGUGUAGCGACUGGCAAGGACCACCAAUUUAUCCUGUUCCAGAUGCUCAUAUACAGUCAUUUAUGCCUGCUAUAAAUUACUCUCACCCUGGAUAUAACCUUGGAAGUGAAAUUCAGGAUGUUAGUUGUAAUAGGGAAACUAAUAGAAGGAAUAAUCGAGGAAGAGGAAUAAGAAGAGACAAUUUCAAUCGUGGAAUAAAUCCUACAAAUGAUAUGCAACCUGGAUAUAUAGGAGAACAAGGCCAAUUUCACCCACCAUUAUCUUUUGUGGUUAUGUAUCCAGAUCAAACACAACAACAACAAUUUUCUGGCCAUGUUCAUUAUCCUCCACUAGCUUUAUAUCAACCAAAUAUUCAUACGCAUACAAGUACACAUCCUCAUACACAACCUGGUUAUGGAUAUCCUCCAUAUCACCAUCCUUCAGGAAAUGUAAGAUGUGCUCGACCUAUGCUUUCUCAACCUACUCAAGAAUGUACAAAAGUACAGACUACAAAAUCUCAUGAAAAACGAAUGCAAAAUGUUACACAUCCUAUUAAGCAACCUUUUCAUCAAACAGCUGAAGAAAAUAAUAAUUCUUCACAGACCAAUAUAGUUACUACAGUAAUAACUGUAAAUAACAAUAAAGUAAAACAAUGUACUAACAGUGUAGAUGAAAAUAAUGUUAAUAGAAAAAAUUCAAAUACGAAUGGAAAAGUACCCCCAGUUAAUGUCAAAAUAGAACAUAAUAUUGUAUCUACUGUAAAUGAAAAGUGUAAUGGAGCUGAGAAAAAUGAUGUACCAUGCGUAAAUAUUAAUAGUGUAUUAGAAGUAAAACAGAAUGGAGAAACUGAUAAAGAAUAUAAAAAUGAAACUGUUUCUAGUAUUAAAACUACUGUUGUUAAAACAUUAUCAAAACCAGUUUCUAAAACCGAAAGUGAAAUACCCAAGAAAGAUAUUUCUACAAAAAAUAUACAAGACAAAAUUAUCACUAAAACGCCAAAUAACUCUUCUAGUACAGCAAAUACUCCAGUAAUUGUGCCUACUACAUCAUCUCCAAUUUUAUCUAACAUAUCUUGGGCUAGUAUCUUGAAAAAAGGAAGUGCAGAAACACAAUCAAAUUCAUCAACUUGUAAACCAACAGCGCGCAUUAAUCCUCUAUCAAUUAGAGAGAAUAAUGUGACACCAAAAGAAUCAUCACAGUCAAUAGAAAAAAAUCAACCUAAUAGUACAACGGUAUUUACAAAUGAAAAUAUUUCAUCUAAUAUGCAAAGUAUUAUAAAUGAAAGUAAGAAACCACAGAGAGAAACAUUGAAAAAUCACUUUAAUGAUCCUAUUGUCUUUCGUAUGGGUGAAUUUUUACUAAGCUAUCAGAUGGAUAAACAAACUGUGAGUUUAUUACCUAGAGGAUUAACAAACCGUAGUAAUUAUUGUUACAUUAAUAGUAUAUUACAAGCUUUGCUUGCUUGUCCACCUUUUUACAAUCUUUUAAUGGCCCUACCACAUUCUAAAAAUUCCAAUAAAAUGAGAUCUUCUUCUACUCCACUUAUUGAUAGCAUGAUCAAAUUUGUACACGAAUUUACACCUUUGUCAGAUGGUGCCCGAUUAGCUAGAAAAGAGAGAGCAAAUAAACGAGGAGAAGAUACAAUAGUAGAUAUACAAUGUGGAGUGGCCUUUGAACCUUUUUAUGUAUAUACAAUGUUAAAAAAUAUGUCAGCUGCAGGUGUAUUUUCUGUAGAAGGACGGCAAGAAGAUGCAGAAGAAUUUCUUUCGUGUCUUCUGAAUGGUAUCAAUGAUGAAAUGCUUGAAGUUAUGGGUCCAAAGAAUAAAGGAUCUAUUACACGGUGUACAGAAUUUGGAAGAACACCAUUAUCAGAUAUAUUUCGUGGACAAUUGAGAUCUAGAGUAUCACGAGUGGGAGAACAACCAACAGAUAACGUCCAACCAUUUUUUACGCUACAACUUGAUAUAGAAAAAGCAGAAUCUGUAAAAGGUGCACUCGAGAUUCUUGUGGGAAAAGAUCAAUUAGAAGGAAUGACAUGUAGUAAAACAAAACAACAAAUAGAAGCUUGGAAGCAAGUUACCUUAGAAGAAUUACCUAUCAUUCUUAUAUUACAUUUAAAGUGGUUUGAUUACAAACUGGAUGGAUGUUCAAAAAUUGUAAAAAGUGUGGAAUUUCCAAUUGAUUUAAAAUUGGAUAGCAAAUUCCUGUCGCCAAAUGCCAUAAAGAAAUUAAAUCCAAAGCAAAAGCAUUAUAAAUUAUUUGCUGUUACUUAUCAUGAUGGAAAAGAAGCAACAAAGGGUCAUUACGUUACAGACGCUUUUCAUGUGGGAUAUGGUGGUUGGGUCAGGUACGAUGACAGUUCAUUAAAAGGUGUUUCUGAAAGUAAUGUAUUAAAGCCUACUCCUCCGAGAGUUCCAUAUUUAUUAUAUUAUCGACGAUGUGACACUAUUGGAAAUAAUCAAUCAAAUAGUGGUAAAGCACGUUAAAACGAAAAACAUUAAUUACGUAUAUAAAAAAAUCUAUAUUCUAAGCCUAAAGAGGCAAUUUGAAAGAAUAGAUUUUACAGAUUUGUAGUUCUUGUUGAUACUUGUAUCUGAGUACAGAGAAUGUUUAUUAAUGUAUAUCAUGAAAAAAUAGAAAAGUAUUUCCUUUUAAUACAUUGUACUUCCAUGAAACAUUUGUACGUAAGAUUGUUGUUACAAGUUUUAUGCAUAAAGAUACGAAUUUUCUUGGUACGCGAAAUAAAUAAUAGUUAAAGUUGAAGUUACAGAGGAGUUUUAAUUUUGGCAUUCAUAAUUCUAUCGAAGUUAAUAAGCGCUUGCACAUUACAGUUUAUAGAAAUAUUAAAUGUCACAGUCUCUUGUACAUAUCUUUCUUACUUUGAUUAUGAAUAUACAAUCUAUAAGAAAAAAAUAUACAUAAUAAUCUUGUAGAAAAAGAAGUAAAAAUAGAGAAAAGUUUUUCUACUUUAACGACAAAAUUUCUAUGAAAUGCAAAUUUUAUAUAUAUUUGAAGAAAGAUGCACCUUAAGUUAUUUUUGUAAAUAACCUUCCUAUGCCCUUAUAAUAUUCCAACCUGCCAAUUAUGUGUAGCAUAUAUUAAUUUAAAAAUUAUUUUUUAAUUAUAAAAAAAAUAAUUUAAAAUUAAUUAUUAAAAAAUUAUUCAACUUACAUACAUAUUUCGUGAUAUUGUUAAUGGCAUUGCGUCUUUAUAUUAUAUUAUGAAAAUAAAUAUUCAAGAAAAAUAAAAAUUAAAUUUCCAGUCAAAGAAAUAAUUGGUAAGGUGGAAUACUAAUGUUAUCAAUGCGGAAGAUUGUAUAAACAUAAAAUUUGUGUACAAAACUACCCUAUCAUGUGUCAAAUUUGUGUCUAUGAUUAAUUUUGCGAUUCUUUAAAAAAACAAAAAAAAAACAAAA